AUGUCGGAGGCUGGGGCGCAAUUGGCUGGCUUUUUUCUCGGCGCCCCGCCCUCCCCGCGAGGGGGCGGGGCGGAAGGCGGCGGCCUCGGAGGCGGAGGCUCCUUCAUUCGGGCCCCUUCAGCCGCCGCGCCGAGGAAGGGCCGGUCAGCGCCGCCUGAGGGACGCGCUCAGGUAACGGGCGGGGGGGGGGGAGAGAAAUAAAAGAGGCUCAAAUCACCUCAGUGAAGGGGGGGAGGGGCGCGCCUCACACUUCUUUUCUUGGGGGGGUUAAAAUUCCUGUCAGGGACCUCCCCCCCCCCCGAGAGGAUCGGCUUCCUCACACCUGCGCGCGCACGCGCGACCCCUUCACCUCCCACCCGCAUUAAAAGACAAUGAAAGGGGGGGGGGUGUUUCAUGGCAGGAUUUCCUCAUAGGAGCGCCCCCCACCCUGUCCUCCUUUUUUCUUAUUUUUUCCUCAAACGCACCCGCGCGUGGGGGCGAUGAGGUUUGUUUUUUUGAUGUGGGUGGGUGGGAUUCGCAUCCCCACCACCAACAUAGGAACCGCCUUCCAAGGGCCCAAUGCCCCUUUGGCCUACCCCCCCCAUAAAAUAUUUGAGGGGUCUGCCCCCUCCCCCUCCAAAGUUGAGGGGCAGUGCCAUUCAAAUUGCGUGUAUGUGUGUCAUGUCAUGUGAUCAAUUACAUUUUACUGUUUUUGUUGGAAAUGUUAUUUACAACAUAUGGGAUCAGUUAUGUGGGGCUGUGCUUACCUGCUCUCCUCCCUCCCCCCCCCAUAUUUUAUUCAAGUUGGCACCCCUGCCUCCCUCCUGGUAUUGUGUCCAGGUCAAAGGGGGGGUGGGCUUUGAGGGUUGAAAAGGGUUAAAACAGAGGAACUGGGUGGGUGUUUUUCAGGCCAUGUCUUUUUUAGGAGGGGGAAGGGGGUUGGUGUGUAGGAGGGAGACCCCCCUCCUCACCCAAAGAAGGAUUAGGGAGGGGAGGGUCUCCUCCUCCUCCUCCUCUUUUGCAUUGUGCCCUCUUCCCCCUGCAUUGCAUAGGUUGGGGCCGGGUAGGUGGCCUGCUGAAACUGCAGCUGAUAAUUAUGUUAUAAUUAAACAUUAUUUAUAUCCUGCUUCUCCCCCCCCCCCUUUUCUUCUUCUGUCUGAUCGAGGGCCUGCGAGGCAGCUUAGCCGUAAGUUAAUAUAGACUAAUGAGCAUAAUAAGGUUGAAACAAAACAAAAAGGUUGUGAUGACUGAUGAAGACUCAGGCCCUCGUUAUUAGUAAUUAAUGCGCUUUAGCUUGCUCUGCUGCUUCCUCAUCAGCCGGAGAGAGAGAAGAGAGGUGUUUUGAUAAUUUCCUCCUUAUUUUCUGACCAACCCUCCCCCCCCCGAAACACAUGUACAGGCACUGAAAUACUAGUUAUGCGGGGCUCGCUUUCAUAGCCAUGGCGCUGUGCUUUGUGGGGUAAGCCGGGGAGGUUCCCAGCCUUCAAGGGAGGUGUUACUUCGGAGAAAGUGUUGGCAAUUAAAGGACCCUGUUGAGAAGUAGGGGUUUUAAACCACCUUCAUGUAUGAGGGGGGAAACCAGAAUGAAUGAAUGAAUACUAAGGGGACACUGUUUUCCACCUUCUUCCCCCAAAAGAAAGGAGAUGGGUGGUGGCAGCAGAGGAGAGCCUCUACUGUCUUCAUUGCAUCCUGGACUUCCCUUUGGGCGGAUUACUACUGCAAACUGAAUGCUGGUCUAGGCAGAAACCUAGCCUUUCCGCCAACCAUGCACCCUCCAGAUAUGUUGGAUUGCAACACCUAUUAUGUCUGAGGCUGGCGGAAGUUAUAGUCUUUAAAACACUCAUUAGUAUAUUGAGAAAGAUGCAUAAAGUUGCUUAAUCAAAGAGCUGUGUACAUAAUAACAUUGUAAUAAAACACAGCUAAAAUCUGCAAUACUAUUGAACAGAUAUUCGUAAAAUAGUUAUCAUUAAGGCACAGAAAAUGUCAGCCAAAAAUGUAAAACGUAUAUAGGUAACUAAAGGAUAUUUACUUGCUGAGGUAAGUGUUCAGAAAGUGCCUAAAACAAUAGUUAGGGUGCCUGUCAAGUGUCAAGAGGCAGGGAGUUCCAAAGGUACUUCCAUACUAGAAGUUGAGCUCACAAAUGCAGAACCCACAUUACGUAGCAUUUAUGAAAGUUCUAAGGAGUAAAGUGGUCAGAUGGGCACCAAUGGGGCAAGGCUGUCCCUUAAGUAAAGAAGGGCACUGAGUUGAGAAAGGCUAGGAUAGUCUGAUCCAACAGGGCAGUUUUUAUAUUUUUAAGACUCCUUAAAAGGUGUCCCAAUUUUGCUGAUAUCAGCUCCGCCUCCCCUGCAUCCUCACUGCUCCCUUGGAGGAUCCCAAAAGCAAAGGAGUUUUGUUAAUGUGUUCUCUCCUGCUUCACCACCUCCCCUGCAACAAUGGAGGCAAAAUGCUUCUCUCUAAGUAAACUGAAGUACUAAAUAUCCAGAGCCGAGUAAAGAGACUGGAGCUCUCCUUGCAGGAAUAGGCGCUGAAUGCAGUGUGGUCAAACCUUUUGUGUUUCUUAUAAUUUGUAGGAGCGUUGUGUUGAUGGGGGAGGGAUGAUGGAGAACCUCUCCACUUCAAUACAUGGCAGUAUAGAGAGUGAAUCUCCUCCCAGUAUACGGGACACAUAUUUCCCUGGAGAGGUAAGAGAAGCCUACUCCGUUGCAGCAAUGACAGUUUAGUGUGGAUUUCUUUUUCCCUUGUUGGUGCAGUUGGGGUGAAAAAAUGCCUACCAUCUGCAUUCCUUGCAAAAGAUUAUCCUCUCCUUGCUUCCAUGUGCCAUGCUUUUCUUUCCUCUUUAGAAUUAAGACAAGGGCCCAAAGGUUAGAUUAAAGUCUGCAGUUGUUGUGUUACCCCUUCCUGGACAUAGUGGGGAUCAGAAGGAUGGGGGUGGGGACAGUAUGAAUCUUCAGGGUAGGAUGGUUUAAAAAUUAGAAAUCUGACUAUAAUCAUUGGAAUAGAUUCAGAGGGAUUGUCUUCUUUUGUACUGAAACAGCCGUUGGAAUAAUUACUGCAGAUAGCACUUUGCCAUUGAGCUGCUAAAAUCUUGCAGCAGUUAAGGAUUGUGUUGAGUGAGCAGAUCUUUCUGGGCGGUAAAUAAAUUCUCUUCAAAAAUUCUAGAAAUUUAUCAUGAUUGUUAUUUAUUCAUUUUUGUUAGUCACCUCUGUUUACACUUGCAAUAAUUCUUUUUGUAAGUUUAGGAAAGUGGCAGGCUUGCAUUCAAUUGGUUGAAAAUGCAAGUGUAUAGUAACUAGUUAGCUUGUUCUCUUGUUAUGAUUUAAGUGCCAUAAAUGAUCUAGGUUAGUAUAUAGAGGAUGAUUAAGAUUUUGGUAUGGUAAAUCUUUAUUUGCAUAAGAUGGUUUGUUCAUGGUUGCUAUAUUGUGUUUAAAAACAGUACAAAAGUCAAGUGAGAAGAAACCGAGUUAACACCCAAGGAAAGUAAAAUUGGGGGGUACCCAUAGAUCACCAGCAUUUAUUAAUUGUAGUUAAGAUAUCUGUGUGGUCAGACUCAAUCCAAAUAUUUCUUGGAUUGCCUCCAUAUUGCCACUGCCUCCUGUGUUCUUUUCUUCUUGGGAAACUACUUUUAAUAUAGGUUUUUAAAAUCUUUGACAGUGAUGAAUUGUUUGUGUUGUCCAAAAUAGCCAAACUUUGCCAAAAUAAUCAAGUCUUGAAAGCCCUUGAAGCAUAUUCAGAGGAAAGUGACUAGGGUGGUGAGGGGCUUGGAAACCCAAGUCCCACGAGGUAUUGGUUGAAAGAGCUGGCUUUGUUUAGCUGGAGAAGAAGAGGUUAAGGGGAGGCGUUAUAGCUGUCUUCAUAUAUCUGAAGGGCAGCCAUGCGAAAAAAGAAGCAGACUUGUUCCCAUUUGCUUCAGAAGGCACAACUGGAGGCCAUGGGUGGAAGCAGCAGGGAAGUAGAUUUUGGCUAAACGUUAGGAGAAACUGCCCAAUAGUAAAAGCUGGAGGUGAUGGGCUUUCCUUUUCUAAAAGGGUUUAAGCAGAGGCUGUGUGGCUAUCUGUCGGGGAUGUUUUAGUUUCAUCCUGCAUUGCAGAUCUGCAUUGAGCAGAGGGCUGAACUUCAAAGUCCCUUAUAGCUACAGUACAGUAUAUGAUUCUAUCAAAUACUAUUUCCUCCUAAAUCAGCUGCCAUUUGUAUCAUAAAGAAAUGUUUUCACAGUCUGUGACCCUGGUGAUAUGAGUCCUUUGCCUUCUAUAGACUGCAGCUAUCAGCUAGAGAUUUUGCUCUGAAAUAGCCGUAUAGUAGUUUACCCUAAGUGUAAUCCAUAAAUCAUAAGCUAUUUAGAAAAAAUGGAGGUAGUAGUAAAGCUAAAGCGAAAAACAUCAAGCCUCAUAAAUCUUGAGACAUGAUGAGCAGUUGCAGCUUCAGACUACAUGUUGGGAAUGAUUGAAAGCUUGGCAAUAUCUGGUAAAUGUAUGGUGUACUUGCACACAUGAUCAGUAGAAAACUCUCUGUCAGUGGGGUUUGCCUUUGGAUUUUAUUAUUUGUUUACUAUAGUUCUACAGUGCCUUUCUGCUUGGGAGAGGAGAAGCCAAGUGCUGGUUGAUCAGGCUGUGGUAGUCUCUUGCUAUCAUUUUUCAGUUGUGCUUAGCACUUUUCUCCCAAAGUUAUAUGAGAGCCCAUGAGACAUAACUAAUAACUUUCUUUGAAUGGUUAGCAAUACAGUUUUAACACUUUUAUUAUUUUGUCUUUAGAGCGCUUAA